UUUAGUUCCCCCACCAGGGAUUGAACCCGUGCCCUCAGCAGUGAAAGCCAGAGUCCUAACCACUGGACCUCCAGGGAAUUCCCUGAAAUAGUAUUUUUAGCUUCUGGGAGCAUGCUGAUCUUCACCGAGUCCGAAACAAUAUGUCUCCAAACACUUGGGUGAUCAGCUGCAGAGAGCAUUUGGCAAAAAUAGGAUCAAGAUCCCUUUAAAAGCGGGGCGAAGCUCACCUGGAUAUAUCUUUUCCCAACUCCCCUCCUGGCAGAGCUAGUCCUUUCCAGCAAGAAGCCCAGUCUCCUCAAUGUGUGGAUCUGUUGGGACUACAUUACCCAGAAUGCUCAGUAUCGAGCGGCAGGAACGCUACCCAAUGAACGCUUAGAGACAGGAGGCCACAUGAUGUGAGGACGGAACUUUUGGCUUCCUUUUCACAGCGGCCAUGUUAGCUACUUGGUUUUGUCUGACCAGUGUGAGAGAUUUGGGAAUUGUGGGUCCACCUCGAGGUGACGGAAUUGAGAAGGUCCGAGAGGAGGGGCUGUCCCCGCGGCAUAGAGGCGGGUCUGAAGUUCGGCGACGCCGCCCGGGGUCCCCGCUCCAGGCCCAGGAGAGGGCCCGCCGUGCCUGCGUCCCGCCUCUCCCGGCCGCACUCCGCCCACAGAGUCCGAUGGCGGCGGCGGCGCUGAGAAACCUGCGUCAGAGGCGCUUUUUGGAAACAACACCGCCAAGUGGAGUGUGCCCCAUUCCCUCACUGGCCCUGACCUCCACCCACAUGUUCUCUGGAUUGUGGUUUCUUGCGACUCGUAAGUGCCGUGCCCCCAGUUUGGGGUCUGGAAGCCAUGGAGAAACCCUAAGGCUAGGGUUAUGUGAAGGUGUUUCCGUGUCUGGCAACCAUUGUAAACAGGGCAGUGUGACCUUUGAGGAUGUGGCCGUGUACUUCUCCUGGGAGGAAUGGGAUCUCCUUGAUGAUGCUCAGAGAUGCCUGUACCACAACGUGAUGCUGGAGAACUUGUCACUUAUAACUUCCUUGGGUAAGGCUCACCAAAAGCAGAACAUUGGAGAGAAAUGCUUCAGAAGCAACAUGGACAGAGCCUCAUUUAUGAAAGACUGCAAAUUUUUUGUGUCAGGGAAGUCCCUUUCCCGUGGGGAGUCCACACACACCAGGGAGAAGUCAAACAAGGGAACUGAAUGUGGAGCUGCCUUUCACAGGGGGGAAACUCAUUAUAACUCUGGAGAAUGUACUGAAGACUUUAGUUGCAAACACAUGCUUUUUCAGCACCAAAGAGUCCCCACUAGAGAAAAAUUCUACAUGUGCAGCGAAUGUGGGAAAUCUUUUAGCAAAAGCUACAGCCUCAAUGACCAUUGGAGAGUUCAUACUGGGGAAAAGCCUUAUAAGUGUGGAGAAUGUGGAAAAACCUUUAGGCAAAGCUCUAGCCUCAUUCAACACCGGAGAGUUCACACUGGAGCGAGGCCUCAUGAGUGUGACGAAUGUGGAAAAUUAUUUAGCAACAAAUCCAACCUCAUUAAACAUCGGAGAAUUCAUACUGGGGAAAGGCCAUAUGAGUGUAGUGAAUGUGGGAAAUCCUUUAGCGAAAGCUCUGCACUCCUUCAACACCGGAGUGUUCACACUGGAGAAAGGCCUUAUGAGUGCAGUGAGUGUCAGAAAUUCUUUACCUACCACUCCAGUCUCAUAAAACACCAGAGAGUUCACUCUGGAUCAAGGCCCUAUGAGUGCAGUGAAUGCGGAAAAUCCUUUACUCAAAACUCUAGCCUCAUUGAACACCGUAGAGUUCAUAGUGGAGAAAGGCCUUAUAAGUGCAGCGAAUGUGGGAAAUCUUUUAGCCAGAGCUCUGCACUUCUGCAACAUCGGAGAGUUCACACUGGAGAAAGGCCUUAUGAGUGCAACGAGUGUGGGAAAUUCUUUACUUACAGCUCCAGUCUCUUGAAACACCAGAGAGUUCACACUGGAUCAAGGCCUUAUGAGUGUUGUGAAUGUGGGAAAUCCUUUACUCAAAACUCCAGCCUCAUUAAACACAGGAGAAUUCACACUGGAGAAAAGCCUUAUGAGUGCAGCGAAUGUGGGAAAUCUUUUAGCCAUAGCUCCAGCCUCAUUAAACACCGAAGAGUUCACACUGGUUAAAGGCUGAUGAGUGCAGUGGAUGUGGGAAAUCCUUUACCCAUAGGUCCAACUUCAGUGACCACUAGAGUGUUCACAUUGGAGAAAGGCUUUACGUGCAUUUGAAUGUGGGAAAUUCAUCUCCAGGCUCCUAAAACACCACAGUGUCACAUUGGAUGAAAGCCUUAUGAGUGUGGCAGAUGUGGAAAAUCGUUUGGCCAAAGUCUAGCCUCAAUACACUCCAGAGAAUUCGCAGUGGAGAAAGGCCUUAUACAUUCAGUGAGUGUGAGAAAGCCUUCUGCUGAAGAACUUACCUCAUUGGAUACCACAGAUUUCAAAUGGGAGAACUACCUUCAAUGUGCAGGUAUAUACGAUUUCUUUGUUCAGUGCAACAACACAGGAGGAGAUCCCUUAUGAAAAUGCCAUUUGCCUGUAUUGAACCACAUACAUCCAAACAUCCACUUAAAUUCCAGGCGAUAUUUCAUCGUGCUCAGCACUGUUGAGGGAAAUCUGUUCCCCAGGUCCUGCAGCGGAACUGUGUGCCCUGAUGUCCUGAAUUCUGUAGGGUAACAUCAAUGAUUUUAAGAUUAAAAGGGCCAGGGAAGUGAUAAUUGUUACAGAAACACUGGAUUAAUAGAGAUUGGAGGAGACUACAACAUAAUGGUUAGAAUGUGCCUCUUUUAAAAGGUCGCUCACUACAUUUAGUCACUAUGGUUGUGAAGGAUGAGCAGGUACAGAAAUUCUCAGGACGUCCAGAACUGUAUAUCUUGUGUAGCUGAAGGCCUUGUCAGAGAAAAUAAUCAAAACGUUUUGUGGAUUCCUGUGGCUUCUCUGGGCUGUUCACCUAAGGCCAUUGCUGUGCAAACAGGAAAACAAGGAUAGAGAGAAGAGAGAUUCUUAGUCUAGUGAUGUGGUAUUUUUGACCCAUCCAAUGUCCCUGUUGAAUGAAGUGGAAAUAGUCUUUGUUUCCACUUCAAAAAUUUCUCACCUAUUUUUUUUUUAGUAUUUAUUUAUUUAUUUAUUUUUGGCUGUGUUGGGUCUUCGUUUCUGUGCGAGGGCUUUCUCUAGUUGUGGCAAGCGGGGGCCACUCUUCAUCGCAGUGCACGGGCCUCUCACUAUCGCGGCCUCUCUUAUUGAGGAGCACAAGCUCCAGACGCACAGGCUCAGUAGUUGUGGCUCACGGGCCGAGUUGCUCCGCGGCAUGUGGGAUCUUCCCAGACCAGGGCUCGAACCCGUGUCCCCUGCAUUGGCAGGCAGAUUCUCAACCACUGCGCCACCAGGGAAGCCCUCACCUAUUUUUGCUGCCACUGAGGCAAGUGCUGAACCUGCCCAUUGAGUCAGUAUGGUUGUCAAAACUGAUUUUCUAGAGUAGGAAAUCCAGAAUUUUAAGUUGAAUCAUAUUUUUAAAGUUUUAAUAAGGUAUAAAUUAUAUGCAGUAAAUGUCCGUAUUUAAACUAUACAAUUUGAUAAUUUUUGAUAUGCAUAUAAAUCCAUGAAACCAUCAAUCAUGAUAAUAAACAUUUCUGUCACCCCCAUACUUACCUUUAAUAAUCCUUUAAUAAUCUCUUUGGCCUCCAAGCAGCCGUUGAUUUGCUUUUCGUUAUUACAAAUUAGUUUGCAUUUUCUAGAAUUUUAUAUGAUUGAAAUCAUAAAGUGUUUAGUCUUUUUUUUCCUUGGGUGCCCUCAUGUGGCAUAUUUAUUUUGCAGUUCAUGGUACUUACAUGAGUAGUUCAUCAUUUUUUU